AUGUCGAAGCUUACAGAAAGAUUGUCGAUGGCACGGACACGAAGGGAGCGAGGGUGCCCAUCUAUGUUGGUAUGUUCAUUUUGCCGUUCUGUCAAGGAAGAAAACGCUAAGCCGUCGUGCGUGCUAGGGGAACUACAGUCACUGCGUUUCAUCUUCCACGUGGCACGCGAGGACAAGGGGAUCUCGUGCAAGGCUCACUAUCUGAUUCCCGAACCGAGGAGACGGACCCUCUCGCCAGAGGAACUCGCCUGUCUGGAGGCCAAGGGUGCGUUCUCCACCGAGACGGACGAUCUGAGAGACCAGCUGCUCAGUCUGUUCUUUGACUAUGUCUAUCCGAUUCUCCCGAUCAUUGACCCUGACGACUUCUAUCGCCGCUACGACGCCGGGGGUGCCGCCAGCAUUAGUCCGCUGCUCCUGCAGAGUAUGUUCCUGGCGGCAAGCAACUUUGUUUCGCGAGAUGCCUUGAAAAAGUCUGGCUGGUCGUCGGUGAUGACUAUGAAGAGACGGUUCUACGAACGAGCAAAAGCACUAUACGACGUCGAGUACGAGACAGACAAGCUCUGCCUGAUCCAGUCGGUCCUCCUCCUGGGCUAUUGGCUGGGCAAUUCGCACGACAGGAUGGACAGCUGGCAUUGGAUCGGCGUGGCCAUCAGCCUCAGCCAGAGUCUCGGGCUGCACCGGGACGCCGGCUGCUCCAGGAUCCCUCCGUCCCAACGAUCCUUGUGGCGAAGGAUCUGGUGGUGCUGCUUCUACCGCGACCGCUGCAUCGCGUUGGGCAUGGGCCGCGCGUACCGCAUCCACACCGCAGACUGCGACGUGAAAGACCUGACGCUCGAAGACUUGGUAUGUACUGGCAUGCCCCUCCCUGGCUUGAAGGAUACAAGUGCGGCCAUGGUCAGGCGCUGCAACAUGUACGCCCCCAUGUUCCUCGAGAUCAUCAAGGCGAGCCGGCUUCUCGGCGACGUCCUUGCAUCGGUAUAUCGACCUCGGCGGAAAGACGAAGAGUUUCUGGAGUCGUCGACAUGGAAUACCGCUCAAGCUCUCGAGGAGAAACUCGCCGCCUGGCAACUGGGCCUUGACCCGCGGUGUCGGGUCGACAGCCCUGCCUUUAGUGUCGACGAACCACGGGCCAUGAUUCUACACAAGUACUACAUCCACAUUCUGCACCACGUCACAGUAAUCACGCUGUACAAGCCGUUCGUCUUCCAAGGAGACGUCCUGCCCACGGAUCCUGCAAGCGACCUCCGCGCCCGCAGAGCCUGGGAGGCCUGCCAACUGUCCGCUUCGGCCGCGACCGACAGUUUCAGAAGACUCACCGAGCUGGACCUGAUUAGGUUCCUGCCUCCAGAAAGGCAAGUCUCGCACAUCACGGGCCUCCCCGUCUCCAUCAAUUGGCUGAUCGAUCGAUCCACUCACUGA